ACUAAGGGUUGAAAUUAGUUGUCAAUGCUUAACAGUUUUUUUUAUUUUCCUAGUAUCAAUAAUUCAUGUAUCAAUAUUGUUAACUUAAAGGACUGACAUAACGAUACAAUUAUGGGUAAUAUGAAACAUUUUUAAAGUAUCAAUCUAUGUUAACCCUUUGCGGUCCAUUUAUUCAAAUUCAUAAGAGGGGCCUGAAACUGAUAGAACGAUGCUACUCUCACUUUCACUGUCACUGUCAGCCAUACUGGCAGAUGGAAGUAUCCUGCGGGUAUCACCUAAUGUGAUGUCACAGUCUCCUGGCCCCAAACCAGGAAAUGGAGAUCGUCCUUUGUGUAUUUUCAGUGAGAACGGAUCAGCCUCACUCAAAGGAAGUUUCUGAGAUGGAAGCAGCUCACAUCAGCCCAGAGCUUCCUAUUCGAUGGGUUGUUUCUGCAGACAGGACUGUUGAGAUCAAGGAGGAAGUGACUGAGCUGAGGUGUGACCAGGCCAAUGAGCGGAUCCUGCAGGAGGAAACGCCACCUUCUAGCAUCACUGAGAGAGGUACUGAUAUGAAAUUGGUAAAUCUUGGUAGCGGACAAGCAUCAAAAAUGGCAUCUUCUCACAUUAAAGAGGAGACCCCAGAAUUCGAACCUGUCCCCAUUAAAGAGGAGAGUCCUGUACUAGAACCUGUCCACAUUAAAAAAGAAGUCACAGUGCUGGAACCUGUCCAUGUUAAAGAGGAGCCCCCUGAACUGGAACAUGUCCAUGUUAAAGAGGAGGCCCCUGGACUGGAACAUGUCCAUGUUAAAGAGGAGGCCCCUGGACUAGAACAUGUCCAUGUUAAAGAGGAGGCCCCUGGACUGGAACAUGUCCAUGUUAAAGAGGAGGCCCCUGAACUGGAACAUGUCCAUGUUAAAGAGGAGGCCCCUGGACUGGAACAUGUCCAUGUUAAAGAGGAGGCCCCUGGACUGGAACAUGUCCAUGUUAAAGAGGAGGCCCCUGAACUGGAACAUGUCCAUGUUAAAGAGGAGGCCCCUGUGCUGGAACAUGUCCAUGUUAAAGAGGAGGCCCCUGGACUGGAACAUGUCCAUGUUAAAGAGGAGGCCCCUGGACUGGAACAUGUCCAUGUUAAAGAGGAGGCCCCUGGACUGGAACAUGUCCAUGUUAAAGAGGAGGCCCCUGGACUGGAACAUGUCCAUGUUAAAGAGGAGGCCCCUGGACUGGAACAUGUCCAUGUUAAAGAGGAGGCCCCUGGACUGGAACAUGUCCAUGUUAAAGAGGAGGCCCCUGGACUGGAACAUGUCCAUGUUAAAGAGGAGGCCCCUGGACUGGAACAUGUCCAUGUUAAAGAGGAGGCCCCUGGACUAGAACAUGUCCAUGUUAAAGAGGAAAGUCCUGUGCUGGAAUCGGCAGAAUGUGAACACCACCUUUCAGCUUCUACUGUAGAUGAAGGAGAACACGACUCCAAUCCAUCACCCCCCUGCAGAAACUCUUCCAGUUGCAAACCACAGCAGAGGAAACACAGGGAGAUGACACCCCAAAAUGUGAACAAAUUGGGAACUUGUUUAGUUAAAAUUCCUUCUUUACAAGACAGACGACCGCUUUCUCUGGAGAGUAUAGAAACUGCAUAUUCUGUGUGUGUGAACAAUUCUGAAAUCCAGGGCAACUUGAAGAUCUUGCCUUGUUCCACUGAAGGUGGGACGAGUUCCCGUCAGUUAGGCUCUCCUGAAACUCACAAGGGAAAUCACACAGGAGGGACUCCAUUUCCCUGUGCUAAAUGUGGGAAGAGUUUCAGUGAUUUAUCACACCUUAAAAUGCACAAGUGUGUUAACACAGGAGAGAAACCUUAUCCAUGUACUGAGUGUGGGAAGAGAUUCAGUCAUUUCUCAUCCCUUAAAACCCACCACCGCUUUCACACAGGAGAGAAACUGAACCACUGUAGUGAUUGUGGGAUGGCUUUUAGUAGAUUACAAUGCUUUAUAAGACAUCAGCGAAUUCACACAGGAGAGAAACCAUACCACUGUAAUGUUUGUGGGAGGCGCUUCAAUGAUUUAGGAAAUCUUAGACAACACAUAAAAAAUCACACUGCAGAUAAACCACACCACUGUAAUGCAUGUGGGAAGAGCUUCACUCAAUUAGAACAUCUUAAAACACACCAGCGACGUCACAGAGGAGAGAAACCUUAUCAUUGUAAUGAAUGUGGGAAGAGCUUCACUCAAUCAUCAAAUUUUAAAAUACACCAACGAAUUCAUACAGGAGAAAAACCAUAUCACUGUAGUGAUUGUGAGAAGAGGUUCAAUCACUCAUCUCACCUUAAAAAACACCUUACAAUUCACACUAGAGUGAAGCCCUAUCCCUGCACUGAAUGUGGGGAGAAGUUCAGUCAGUUAAUGAGUCUUGAAGAACACAAGAGAAUUCACAGAAUUGAAGCCGUUUGAGGACGCCUAACCCUUAGCGGUCCAUUUAUUCAGCGCGUCGGGUCCAGUUUAUUUUAGACGUGCUGUUUUAAAAGUAUUUUUUCACAAUAAAACAGGUUUAAAAGGCACUGCAUAUCAACAGGACACUUGGUACUGCAUCUCUAGCCCCGCCCCACACCUUGUUCGCUGUAUUUUUCACAUACCUCUUCAUAGUCAUGCAUACUGAUAAAUCAUCUCCUGAUGACUCGUUUUAUCACCAAACUCCUCAAUAAUACGAUCCAAGUUAUUAUUUUAUUACUAUCUCAAAAGGCUCUGCAAAAGUCUGUGAUAUUCUUUGAGCGCUGGAUGCAGAAGCAGCUAUCUUAUUUGUUUAUGUCCGUGUUAUCUCUGUGGUGCCGGGGCUAUGUGUAUUGCUCAGAUCUGCCCCUUAUUUUAUUUUUUUUAUUUUUUUUUCGGCUCCUAUCAGUCUCACUCGGCCAUUGAAUGGUUUUCUCAGCUUUUUCCAAAAAACGGUUAUAGACCUGUGUUUUACAUCUUUUUGAUGAUGUCGGACAGGGUCAGACAUAGGACCACAAAGGGUUAAACACCAGGAGUAAAUCUGAGUAAAAUACAUAAAUAUUUACUGAAAAUUAAAGAAUAAACUUGAUUGAUAAAUAGUGUUACUCUUAAUCACGCCAGAUCAAAAACUUACACUCACGGAUGGAAAAUAUGAACUCUACAUCUUGUUUGGAACAUUCGUCAUCUUGUUAACCAUUUUCAUUUUGUUACGUCACGUUAGUAAUCUGUGAAAAAGAUUGGAAUUGCGUCUGCAAGAUUCCACUUUUGACUCAUGCUUUGCUGAUUCUCUCUGUUUGAACAUUAGGAUUAUUAUAUGUAACUCUCCAACUCUUUCAAGUCAGUGCUAAGCUUUGGUCAGUUAUGUCGUAGCUCAAACAUAGUUUUAUUGUUGACAGGAUCUAUAUAACGCCCCCCCAAUAAACAGUUUCAUAAUGGAAAUAAAAAAGCUGAUUUUUAUCAGUAAACUGAGAAUGAAUGACUGCAUACCUUGAAAAUGUCCCCUUUUGAAAUUGUAGUUCAAAUAAUGUUUUUUGUUUUAAGCGUUUUAUUUUAGACACAAAGGGACACCAUCUUAAAUUGUAGUGUACAACUCGCUGGACAAAUCAUCCUCAUAUUCUGCUUUACAAAAUAAUUUCAAAGAAUUACUCCAGAAACUGAAAUAUUCCCUUCAUAUGUUAUGUCAUGAAUCUGAAAACACUUCUUGAAAAACCGUGCACAUGAUAUACCCUCCUUUUUAAAUGCAGGAAAGGCUGUGUUGCACUGUAGUUGUUCUGAGGAUGUGUUGCCUGUUCCCUUCAUGCAUUCUUUUUUUUUUUUUUUUAAUUUAGUCGUCAAUUAUUUUACCCUGGUUUUUCACCCCAAUUUAGUUUGCCCAAUUAUUAUCUGUAUUCUCGGCUCACCGCUCGCAACCCCCCCGCCGACUCGGGAAACGGAGGCUGGAACACGCAUCCUCCGGAACGUGCUCCUGCCAAGCCGUCAUUUUUUGCACUGCAGAUCCACAGCAAUGCCACCAGACCUAUAGUGCGGGAGGACAACACAGAUCUGGCGGCUCCGCUGCAGAUCCGCAGGCGCCCUAUCGGCCACAGGGGUCGCUGAUGCGCGGUGAGCCGUGGAUUCCCCUGCCGACCUAAGCUCUCCCUACCCAGGCAGCACUCAGCCAAUUGUGCGCCGCCCCCUAGGAACUCCCGGUCACGGUCGGCUGUGACAUAGCCUGGAUUCGAACCUGCGAUUUCCAGGCUAUAGGGCACAUCCUGCACUCCGCGCGGAGCGCCUUUACUGGAUGCGCCACUCGGGAGCCCCCUUCAUGCAUUCUCAUUAAACUCUUGUUUUUUUAAUUGUUUUUAUUAGAUUGUAAGUGAACCAUGGAAUAAUAUAAAUUGUAUAUGUAUGUUUCAAAAUACUGAAUAUGUCUGUCUUAUAACGUUUUCUGUUUUUGAAAAAGGGUGAUUGUGUAAGGCAGGUCAAUUUAUAUAUUACAGAAAUCUAAAAUUUGAUGCAUACAAAUUGUAUUUGAAUGUUUUCUCAAAAUAAAGUAUUGCUUACUAUUUACAGGGUUCAUACAGUUUUUCUGUUACAAAUUUCAAGGACCAUUUUGACAAUACUGAAGUACCUAAUUUAAGGAGUUUGACCAUUUUCAGUGUUGAUAACUAAUAAGCAACUGUAAAAAUAAAGCUUUUGCAUUAAGUUAUUUAACUUUAUGAUAACAUAAUAGCUAAAAUGUAAAUUAUACUCACUUUUCACAUAUAAAUAGGCUCUGGACCAGUACACUUGCUUAUUCAAUAACACUGAGUCAGUUUUUGUACCUAUAGGCAAGUAUUUCAUUAUUAAAGCAGUACAACAAUUCAGUGUUAAUCCAUGUCAGAAGCAAUAGUCCUAGAAUUUUGUGUCUUAAUCAUAGGCGCCUAACUUUAAAAAGUGGGUGGCAAACUUAAGGUUAACUGCUGAGUGUAGAGAUGUACACCACAAUACUUCAUAUUAACAAUUAAGAAGCUCUAAGAAACCAGGCAAACCUUGCUGUUGUGAAGUUACAGUUCUAGUAAUUGCAAACCGACAAUCGGACAGGUGUUUCAGCAUAAAAUGUUCAAUAUGUACUUACUGAACACUAAUUACAAAAUGCAUGCAAAUGGCACAACCAGAACCUAUGGCAUCUCUGUACAGUGCUACACCUAGAAUUCCCACAUGCUGUUUAUUAAAGAAAGGUGUUAAACAAACAAAGAAAAGUACUGUUCUUUUGAAGGCAAGUAUUUUGUAUGCAAAAUACUUGCCAUGCCAGAAGCAUUGGUUUACUAUAUAAAA